CAAUAAUAGAACAUACCAUGAUAAUAUAAGCAUGCUUGCUCCUUGUAGAUAAGACAGAAUAAUUUACAAAUACUUAAUAAAUUGCUGUUUUUUAAGUACCUUCUUAAUGUAUCUGUAUACAAAAUAUGACAGUGUGUGAACUAUAAAUGAAAUUUGUGCAUUGUUAUUAAAUGUUUAAAUGUUCAGAGAUGAGUAGAGAGAAUAAGUUUUUAGUUUAAUAUAAAGUUUUAUUUUGUGAUGGAAGAUAGCGGAAUUGAUAGUGACCCAAAAAGUGUUAGUCGUAUAGAAGAUGAAAGACUUUUUUUGGGAAGUGAUAGUAGCUGUAGCAGCAAUCAGACACAAACAUCUCAACAUAAUUCCACUACUAAACAGCUACAAAAAAAACUCGAGGCAAGGAUCGAGCAGGCAAAACGUAUUCAGCGUAAAUCAGAUUAUAUCAAGUUGUCAAAGUAUGAUAAGGGAUGUGGUGAUGGUAAUGGUACUACUGGUUUGAUAUCAAUUCAAAGGCUUCCAGUACCAACUAAAAGUAAAGAGCAUCUUCCUCUUGUCGAAUACUGGCAUAGUGAUAGUGAAAGUGAAGGUGAAAUGACCCUCUUUCCAACAUCCAAGUCAAAAGAUUCUUCAAAGCACAAACAAGAUUUGACUGAUACAUUUAGCAUCGAGGAACUUAGCGAAGAAAGUGAAGAUUCUUUGAAUUUAGGUCCUGCACAAUCAUCUCCAGAACUUAAAUUUAUGAAAUCUUAUAAAUGUACUAAAGAGUGCUUUCGUUGUCAGUGCCACAUAUUAUAA